GAUUGGUUGAUUAGAUAAUUGCAUUAUUGAGAAAUUGAACAGGUGUUCCUAAUUAUCCUUUAGGUGAGUGUAUUUCUCAUUACAUUGGUUUUCAUGUUGUUAUUUUACCACAACGUGUGUUAUAUGCCUUUCAUCAAGUGUUGACAUGAACAGGAUUCACUGCACAUUUUCAAUGAGUCAGAUGUCAUAAACCAUUUUGAAGGGUAAAUACAUUCUUUGUUAUAUUGUCUUACAUAUUUAGAUUAUCAUUUAGACAAUUGGUUUAAUUUCUGAAGCAAGCAAUUUCUCAACCAAUUCAUAACAAAUUAACUUGCUGGAUGUUUUUUUCCCCUCCAAAGUAUGUAAUCACAGAAUAAAUGUUGAUAACUUGUUUAUUGUAUAGUGUCUUGAACUCCUGUCUUUCCUCUGACAGAAUCCAUUGUACAACUCUGAAAUGUUACAGACAUUGAAAUAUUUGACAUGUUUGUUAUUUAACCAUGCCAGUGAUGAAUGGAUCUAAAGCAUGACUGCCAAAUCAAGUUUACAUUUUAUUAAGGCACUUUACUUGAUAUUAUAACCAUACAAAUUUGUAUUUUAUGUGCCCUUUUGGGGCCCUUUUGCUGUGUUUAGGACUAUGCUUAGUGCAAAUGGGAAUUUCUAGUUACCCGUUCCGAUGAGACAACAUUUCCCUGUCUCACUCCCCUCCAGCAGGUGGCGAUGCGGCAAAUGCGCACAACUGAGUGCAAUUGUUUUACAGUGAAACCGGAUGCCUUUUUUCUUUGGUCACGCUUAAUCUUAAUAGGUCGGCGCCGCAAGUAAUAAAAACAACAUUGAUAUCAAGCUCUGUACAUUGCAUUAUCCAAACAUGUCGAAAAUACAUUUGCUGAGGGCUUUUCUCAACGAGAGAUUAACAGCUGCUGCCGAGGAGAUAUUCGGGGUCGUUGAAAAAACGAUAGCAGAAUAUCAGGAGGAAGUUGUCCGUUUACAGAGUCUGCUUGACAUUGUUCUUCAACCGAAGAUAAAGCCACACAGAGCAGAACUCCAGCAGCUCACUAUCUUAGACUCAGAGUUUCCCCCUGAGCAGCAGCAACACAGGGGGUUGGAGUGGAGCCCCAAUCAUGGGCUGGAGGACCCAGAGCCCACGCAAAUUAAAGAAGAACUCCAGAGAUGUCCAGACGAAGAGCAAUUUCAAGGGCUGGAGGAAGAUGACAAUGACUCUACUCCUGUUUUUGUAAAAAGUGACCAUUAUGAGGACAAUACUCAGUCCUCACAGCUCUAUCAAGCUCAGAAGGAAGGAAAUGGAGACAGAGACCCACUACCCAUUACUACAACUGAAAAGAUAAAAACAGAACCCAAUGGAGAGGACUACGGGGAAUCAGAACCAACCCAUGUCCCCCAUACCCUCACCGUAGUAAAUCCAGAAUAUUCUGCAGCUUCCAGGGAAAAAUGUGAUCUAGGUGGUAUGGAAAAUGGAGAUCUGUUACAUUUUAAGCAAGUCAAAUCAAAGAAAACAAAGAUGAUAAAAGGACAAAGCUCAUGCAUGAAUACAAAGAGUUGGAAACCAACACAGUUAUCCCCCUUGAAAUCACCCAGUCAAAUUAGUGCAACUUCCUGUUGUUGUAUGGUGUGUGGCAAGUCCUUUCAUUACAUGGGUUCAUUAUUUAAACACAUGCAAACUCAUACAAAGGAUAAAAAGGGUAUUUGUGGUGCUUGUGGAAAAUGUUUUCAGUCCACAGAAAGUAUGAAGGAUCACCUUCAAACGCACUUUGCGGCUAGGUUUAGUUGUAAUUUCUGUGGUAAAUUCUUCACUCGGAAUGGAACUUUAAAAACCCACAUGAGGAUUCACACUGGAGAGAAGCCAUAUAGAUGUCCUUACUGUUGCAAAGGAUUUAUCAGUGGCGGUGAUCUAAAAAAUCACAUCAGGAUUCACACGGGAGAGAAGCCGUUUUGCUGUCCUGAUUGUGGUAAAUCAUUUACUCGGAGUGGACAUCUAAAGGGUCACAUGAGAACACACACAGUGGAUAAAUAAUCACCUUACAGUCUGUGGAAAAUGAUGUGAAAAUGUAAAUAGAAUUUCCAUUAUCAUAUAUUGCUCUUCUGAUCGUGGCACAGACAUCAACCUGCUUGGACAUCCAUAGAUACGUGAUGAACCACACUGCAGACAAUAGAAAUCAUUGUCAUCUGUGACAAGGGAUAGGUGGGAACUUUGAGGAGUCAUGGGUUAGAGACUAUUUACAUGCACUGAUUGCAAUACGCAAUAUAUUUCAAAACUCCUAAAAAAGUUCCAUUAACAACAGUCACUGGGUGAAAACAUGACAUUGUGUGAUCUGAGGAAAGGUCUGGAGACAGAAGAUGGAGAGUCACAUUGUAAAGUUCACUGUGAAAGGAGACAAUCCCCAGGACAGUAGUUUAGGAUGAAUAAGAUACGACUGUUUAAAUAGAAUAACUCCUCACUACUUGUUAACAGAGAGCUCUUAGUGGAUUUCUGAGCAACCGAGGGCCCGCCUCCUUGUUUAUUGGAUGUCUUAAAUCAGGGGUGCUCAACCCUGUUCCUGGAGAUCUUCUGUCCUGUAGGUUUUCUUGUCAACCCCAUUUGUGACUAAAUCGGUUAAGCGCUGUGUUAUUCAAUGCAUUUGACAAAUAUAACUUGAACUUUUCAUCCAGCUAAUUAUUAGAGUUAGGUGUGCUAAAUUUAGAGUUGGAGAGUACCUACAGGACAGUUGAUCUCCAGGAACCGGGUUGGGUUGACCUGACUGCAGUCAUGUUGUUUAGACUGCAAAUGUGUAAACAGAUUUAUUUAACAGCCCAGUGGUUAGGGCAUCUGUUCAUGUUUAACCGAAAGGUUGGUAUGUCAAAUCCCAUUGCCAGCAAGGUGAAAAAUCGAUUAUUCUUUGCUUAAGCAAGACUGUUAACCCUAAAUGCUCCCCACACUCCCACCUUCUCAGCCCCCACAUCUUCUCCAGUUUGAAGGGGAUUGGGUAAAAAAACAAGUCAAGUUACAGUUGGCCCUUGUGUGCAAUGGAUAACUGCAAUAAUAUAACCUGUUGGUAUGUUGUGAUCAUUCAUUUUUCUGAAGUUGUUUUCACAUUCUUAGUUUGUGCUUAAGCGCUCUCCUGUGUUUUCCCAGGAGCUGAGAUAAUCCUAAAGAGAUGGUCUUUGUAAUUACUCAUGUACUUGAUGUCGGUCCCGUUAUCAAAGAAGACAUGCUUUUUACUGACAUUAACAACAUUGUUGUUAUGCUUAAGUGGAACCAUUCAUCAGAAUUUACCUACUGAAAUGUUUUAUUCUUUCUAACAGUAUUUUUCGCAGAAUGAAUGUGGAUAACAUUGUGAGGGGGUUUUACUUGCACUAUUUAGACUUUUCUUUGCAUUAUUAUCAUGAAAUAUUGGAGACAUUGAAAUGUUCAAACUUUUCAAACCAUCAAACCAUACAAUGUGUUCUUCAUCUCAAAGGUAAUUUAAGGGCUCAUCUGGUUACAUUGUGGUCUUAGACUCUCUAGUCUUCUACAUUUGUAGGAAUAUAAACAAACAAAUGUAUCAUCA